AUGUCAAAUAAAACACAAAGAUUAGGCUGGACAAAAUACACUGGAUAUCCUAUGUGGCCAUGUAGGAAUGCUAGCUUAUCAGAGGCGAGUGAAGAAGUCAAGAAACAAAAGAAAGAAGGAAAGGAUCUAUUGGUUUACUUUUUCGGUAGUCACGAUUAUGCAUGGGUGUCAGAUAAUAACUUUGUAGACUUUAAUGCAAACUUUGAUCUCUACUCAAAGUCAAAGAGAAAAGACGUUCAAAAUGGUAUAAAAGAAGCAUUCGAAUGGAGAGAUAAUAGAGAUAAGAUUAUGAAAGAGCAAGAAGAUCAAGAAGGAGAAGAAGGAGAAUCAGGUGAUGAUGACGAUAACACUGAAAAUGGUGAUGAGGAUUCAGAGGUAGAGAGUAUGGAUGAAUCAAAAGAUAAUAAUAAAAAGAAAUCGACAUCGUCAUCAACAUCAACAUUAGAUAAAGAUAAAAAUAGUAGCAACGGAUCAACAUCUGCUAGUUCCGCUGCACCUUCUUCACCUGCUACCAAUGACACUAAUACUUCUACUACCACCACCACCAACACCAACAACACUACAUCAUCUUCCUCACCAAAAGAAGAUAUGAGAACAACCAUUAUUACAUUACCAAACUUUAAAAAGAAACAAACUACAUCAACAACAACAACAUCUUCUUCUUCUUCAGCAAAGAAAACAACCACCAAUAAUAGUAGUAAAUAUAGUGAUGAUGAAGAUGAAGAUGAUUCAAAAUCAAACAGCAGUAAAUCAUCGACAACAACAACAACAACAGCACCAAUAACAAGAAUAACAAGACCAUUCACAGCAAGAAGUAAAGCAAUGGCAGCCAAUAGAGAAGCAAAGGAAAUUGCAAACAAAGCAGCUUCUGCAAAUUCGACUGCCUCUACAACUGUUAAAAUUAAAGUUCCUAUCACGCCCGCGACAUCAUCACCAGACUCAUCAAACAAGAAAAAAUCAUCAUCAUCUAAAAACGAUCAUAGUAUUAGAAAAAAGAAUUUUAGAUUAAAAAUCAUGAGAAAAUUGGCAUUAUGUACACCAACUGAAACAUCCACCUCAAAAUAA